UGGUUCCGAGUACUGACUUUGUUUCCUCCGGAUCAAUAUCGGGCGUACCACAACAUGGAAGCAUCCAACAGUAGUCAGUGACCGACAAAAUCCGCAUGUGUAGUGGUUAGUCUUUUUUAAAAUUAACAUUUUUUUUUUUACCGUAACCUACGGUGGAUGAUAUUUUCUGAGGAAUAAAGACAAUGUUCACCUGACUUCAGAGAGGCAUCAUGCUCCCAGCCAAGCUGACCAGCCAGCUGGCUCUGAACGCCCUCAGGAGGACUCACCAUGGCACCUGUUACCCCUGUCUUUAUACCCUGUCAAACUGCUUCCUUCACAAGGAAGGAGGAAGGACGAGAGAUGGUCUCCUCUCAGAUUCCAGUGUGUUGAGAAGAGUGUUUUACAGCCAGAGUGCGAUCCGUCCUUCAGUCAGACUACGUGAAACACAUCAUUAUGGAAGAAGACCAUUCAGUUUAUCAGCUGCUACAAUUGUGAAUUCAGCCCCAGCACCUGUCCGGCCAUACCUCCAGUUGAUGAGGCUGGACAAACCUAUUGGCACUUGGCUGUUGUACCUCCCGUGUACAUGGAGCAUUGGUCUGGCUGCCGACCCUGGAUGCCUCCCACAUCUGGGCAUGCUCACCCUGUUUGGUACCGGUGCUCUGCUGAUGAGAGGAGCAGGCUGCACCAUCAAUGACAUGUGGGAUAAAGACUUUGACAAGAAGGUGUCCAGGACGGCCACUCGACCCAUCGCGUCAGGGGAGAUUUCUCGCAUGCAGGCACUAGUCUUCCUGGGAGGGCAGCUCUCUCUUGCACUCGGGGUUCUUCUAUGUCUCAACUAUUACAGCAUAGCUCUGGGUGCUGCCUCAUUAUCUCUUGUCGUCACCUACCCGCUGAUGAAGAGGAUCACAUAUUGGCCACAGUUUGUGCUAGGCCUCACCUUCAACUGGGGAGCGCUGCUCGGCUGGUCUGCUGUCAAGGGCUCCUGUGAUUGGUCCGUGUGUCUACCGUUGUACUUCUCAGGAGUGAUGUGGACGUUGAUAUAUGACACAAUAUAUGCACAUCAGGAUAAGGAAGACGACGUCAAGGUAGGAGUUAAGUCGACUGCACUGAGAUUCCAGGAGCAAACCAAGCCUUGGUUAAGUGGCUUCACAGUGGCCAUGAUGUCAGGACUGGUUACAGCUGGUGUCAAUGCUGAACAGACGCUCCCUUACUAUGCUGUACUGUCCACAGUGGCCAUUCAUCUCGCACAUCAGAUUUACACACUGGACAUCAACAAACCAGAGGACUGCUGGAAGAAGUUUGUCUCAAACAGAAACCUUGGACUGUUGUUAUUUUUAGGCAUUGUUGCUGGAAAUUUGUGGAAGGAAAGACGAGAGACUUUGCUGCAAAAUGAGGAAUUGCAAACAUUGAGAUAAGUGAGAUAAUAAAUUUAACUUUAUUACUUUUA